UCCAUGGGAAUGCUUCUGAUCGGCACGUCCAUAUACGUUGUGUCAUAUUUCGAUGAGUACCGAGGUGCUGCUACGGGAAUCAAGUAUCUCGGAACAUCCGUGUCGGGAGUCAUUGGUCCUGUUCUACUCUCCACCUUGGCGGCCACAUACGGCUUGCAAGGAUUGCUGCUAGUGGUGGGUGGCAUUACAUUGAAUGUAAUUCCCUUGGUACUCCUUCUUAGAAGGCCACAGCCUACAAAACUACUUCUUCGCUGCCUUACAAGGACAGUUCAAAGCCCGAACAGCUCAGAAUUAAAGAAGCUUGGAUCAUCAGGCUUAGCGACAAUUCAAAUUGGAAGUGGACAUGAAGAACCUCAAUCGGCGGGAGCCGGAAGGACAGGUUCUCAACAUGCCACCUCUUUACCCAAACAAAAGGAGUGCGGUAUGUUACCACGUUUAAAAUACGGAUCAGGGUUGCCAGCGCCUAAUACGCUAACACCAAAAUUUGAAGGUGGGUUUCAUACCCAAACCGGCCUCUUGACACAAAUAAUAAACGUUCUACGCACGCCAAUGUUCUACUUAACAUUAGUGCCCAUCGUUAUUGCCGAUUUCACGCUGCCACUGUUUGCGUCUACAAUCGUGGACUACGCCAGGGACAAAGGAGUUUAUAUUGACAAAGCCCCGUUGCUCGUGACGUUCACGUGCAUCGGCGGGUUUUGCGGACGCAUAGGAAUUCCGGUUGUGUCGGACAAAGUCACCAACGGUCGAUGCAUCAUUGCGGGCAUCAGCUUCCUGCUCCUGAGCGUCUGUUUUGUGCUUAUGCCGCAUGUCGACGAUUUUCCUGGCGCAGCCGCAGUCACAUUCGUCGCAGGUCUUCAGCAGGGCUACCUGGGGACCAUCAAAACUGUCUUGGCCGCCGAUUACAUUGGAGUGCAGAAGGUGGCGUUGUGCUGGGGACUUUUCGGUAUCGCCUCGCUGCCGCUCACAUUUUUUGAACCUUCAAUUGUAGGUGUGUUCCGCGACACUGGAGGAUCGUACGACAACCUGUACCGCCUGUGCGGGGGAAUCGACCUCAUCGCAGCACUCCUGCUAUUGACGCCGGCAUGCGUUCGCGCUAAAAGAAAGGAAGCAUCGCAUGGAGGAAAUUGCCAAGGUUAACAGAAAUAUUGACUGCUGAUGACUGAAUGAACAUUCCCGCCAAUACAAUGUCAUUAUAUUCAUUUUGAGUAUUCUCUGUGUGACAUAUAAUAAACUUAGGAAAGUACGGAAAGAAAGGUGAACCGAACGUUACACAAAAUAUGCUGCCACAAACUUUCGUGGUCAUUUUUCUGCAGAUCAUCCCCGAGCUUCGCGAUUUCGUUGUUGAUUGUUUCGCUAUACCUUCCAAU